AGUCUGCAAAAAACAAGGUCAUUACAAAAAGCCACAGAAUUCCCUGAACUUGACAAAGAUUGAAGAAUUUACUGCUUUCAUCUUCGGAGUAUCAAUCUCCGAAAUGGAGCUGGAAAGUAUACCAUUGCAAAAGGACGAUUCUACACAAACAAAGGCGCCGCUAAAGCAUGCACCAGUGAAGAAAAAUGCAACACGCCGUGCUUCGGCAAAUAAGCUGGCCGCCGUUACCACUAAUGACUCGAUGCAUUUGGCUGGGGACGCACGAUUGGGUAAAGAGCGAGAAUUUAACGAGGCGCAGAAAAAUGUUAAAUCGGAUAACAUGCAAGUAAAAACAAUCGAAAAACCAGUACCAACCUCGGCAAGUAUAAAUAAAGAAGAAAAAAAGGCGCGAAUGGGAAAUUCACCAAUUAUGCAGCAGGGUAAAGUAAAAGACAUUCAACAAAAU